UCGCGAUGAACAUCGUGGUGGAGUUCUUCGUGGUCACUUUCAAAGUGCUCUGGGCGUUCGUGCUGGCCGCGGCGCGCUGGCUGGUGCGGCCCAAGGAGAAGAGCGUGGCCGGCCAGGUGUGCCUCAUCACGGGCGCCGGCAGCGGCCUGGGCCGCCUCUUCGCGCUUGAGUUCGCCCGGCGCCGGGCGCUGCUGGUGCUCUGGGACAUCAAUACUCAGAGCAACGAGGAGACGGCGGGCAUGGUGCGCCACAUCUACCGAGACCUGGAGGCGGCCGACGCCGCGGCGCUGCAAGCUGGAAAUGGUGAGGAAGAAAUUCUGCCCCACUGUAACUUGCAGGUUUUUACCUACACCUGUGAUGUGGGAAAGAGGGAGAAUGUCUACCUGACUGCAGAAAGGGUCCGCAAGGAGGUUGGUGAGGUCUCAGUCCUGGUCAAUAAUGCCGGCGUGGUCUCUGGGCAUCACCUUCUGGAAUGUCCUGAUGAGCUCAUUGAGAGAACCAUGAUGGUCAAUUGCCACGCACACUUCUGGACCACUAAGGCUUUUCUUCCUACAAUGCUGGAGAUUAAUCAUGGUCAUAUUGUGACAGUUGCAAGUUCCCUGGGAUUGUUCAGUACUGCUGGAGUUGAGGAUUAUUGUGCCAGUAAAUUUGGAGUGGUGGGUUUUCAUGAAUCCCUGAGCCAUGAGUUAAAGGCUGCGGAAAAGGAUGGAAUUAAAACAACGUUGGUUUGCCCUUACCUUGUAGACACGGGCAUGUUCAGAGGCUGCCGAAUCAGGAAAGAAAUUGAGCCUUUUCUGCCCCCUCUGAAGCCGGAUUACUGUGUGAAGCAGGCCAUGAAGGCCAUCCUCACCGACCAGCCCAUGAUCUGCACCCCCCGCCUCAUGUACAUCGUGACGUUCAUGAAGAGCAUCCUCCCUUUUGAAGCAGUCGUGUGCAUGUAUCGGUUCCUAGGAGCAGACAAGUGUAUGUACCCAUUUAUUGCUCAAAGAAAACAAGCCACAAACAAUAAUGAAGCAAAAAAUGGAAUCUGAGAAUCGAUCUAUUUUGUAUGGAAUAUCAUUUCUAUCAGAAGACGAUCAAGGUAUUUCAGUCCUAUCUACAUCAGCAUUAUUGACAUUCUCUGGAUUCCAAAUCCAUGUUGACUUUUUUUUAAAUCAACUUUUUAAAAAAUAAAUAAAGUGUAAAUUAACCGACUAGAAUACUUGGAAAAUGUGAUCAGCAAAAGUGAGCUUACCUUGUUGCCAGCAGGCUCCUUUUCGGCGGAACCCUAAAACCUGUCAAAUCUCUUAGACAAGCACUGUGUGACAUCUCCAGGCUACCAUUAUUUUUUUUAAUGAGCAGAAAGUCUAGAGAUGAUAACAACAGUGUGUUUCAGCUGUGUGGGUUUUUUUUUUUUUUAAUCUCCAUGGAGUUUAUUAAUUCUUGUAAUUAAACUCUAGCCAAUUGACGCCCUUGCAACUUCAAGGACUGAUAGUGCUCUAUUUUCUCAUGUUUUAUAAGUUUCAGUUUUGCAAAGCCUGUGUGGCUUUUCGUGGUGUUUGUGUGUACAGCUCUUUUGAAAAGGAAUUUUGAAAUCUCCACCAAUUUGAAGUAAAUGAUGUUUGAUUAAGAAAGAGACCUGAUCACCUUUACUGUAAUAAAGUCAUAAUGACUGAAGUGUUAGCCGGAUUUUUAAUUUUAUCUCUGAAAUCUUCCCUUAAGGAUCUAUUACUCUGGAGACCUAGUUAUCCACAAAGGUCAUACAUUUUCUACCUGUGAAUUUUGCUGCAUACAGAAAGUGCCCUUUCCUCAGGAAGUUGCUGUGUUUCAUUUCUCUGAGUGGACUUUUAUCUAGAAUACAUAGCAGCUCUGCAAAGAAACAGUUCCUAAAAUUGGGAACUUCCGCAUUAAAAAAAAAGUCCCCAUUUUUGUGCCAACUAUGAUUACUGAGGGGGAAAAACCAUAUUCUAUGGAGUACGUAUGGAAGGGUGUAAAGAUUCUUCUGAAAGUUUUAUUCACAUUGUAGAACAGCAAUUGACAUUUUUACAGUAUUUUUUUGUAAAGCAAACUAUUUUGUGCCUUGAAUUUGGUAAAUGUGUAUUAGUGAAAUGUUGUUAAAGUGGACCUCUACCUCUGUAUCUAAAUGUAUACCAUCCACUUGUAAAUUACUAUAAACUAUUAUGUGAUUGCCUUUUUUUUUUUUUUUAGAAUGUCUUGUUUAAAUAGCGACCAAUGUUUAAGGCUAUUAAAAUAAGCCAUCUUUUACUAAUUGGGACGUUUUAUAAAGGACUGAUUAAAUUUAAAGAAUUAACCUACA